AUGUCUUCGUUGACAUGUGAGGAGCUCUACAGACGAGCUUUGGACGAUCUGACGGCAAUAUGGAGGGAAGAUGUGAAUGUUUCCAAGAUGAAGGUGAUGCCUACUGGAAGGCAGCGUUAUGACCAACUUCUGCUCUGUUGGGCCUCGCUUUACGUUCAGUACCUGCGGACGGGGCGGCGGCUGGUGAUCGUUCACGACGCACAGUUACAACCACAGAAGAGGUACGACGUGCGCACAGUACUUGAUGCAUGUAUGGCUCGAAUGCUAGAACUUCGGGCUUUGUUAUCCACAAACUGUGGUGAGUUUGUCAAACUUGAUGAGUGUAUUUUAGACUUGAAAAUGACGCCGGAUGAACUCGAAGUGCCUAUCCCCCGUUACUUUGUGGAAGACAAUGCUUCAGUUAUGCAGGAGAGGCGGCGGCAGAUCGCUUCGCUUCAACAGUACUACAAGGAAACGGAGCCGGACGCUCCCGUUACAAAGGCGCUAACAGCAUCGAGUGUUCCUCCUCAGAAAAAAAGUACUGAAGCUGCGGCAGGGAAUGUCAUGUCGAUGGAUGAGGCCCUUAUGCUACUAAAGAUUAAUGAACGUGGGCGGCAAGCGCGAGAACGGGCCAAAUUUCAACUUUCCAUGUAUGCCCAGAAGCGGCACUCGGUGGAGCUUGCCAGUGUUUACAAUCACCCGACGGGGAGGGAAAGAGCCGCUACAGUUCUGCAAAGUGCUGUGCAAGCUUACCUGACCCGAAAGCACAUCUUUUCUGACCACCAGGAGGAACUCCAACUUCUUGGAAUGGCUCCCUCCGCUGAUAGCACAAACAGGGAGGAAGCGGUACAGGCAGAGGCCCGUCUAGAUGAGCAGAAGGCACGGCAACGUAUGAACGAGGCGAACUUCAGGCAGAAGACCUUAGAGAUCGAGAGCCGCAUCAAGACGGAGGAGGGACCAAGGACAAUGGAGUUGAUGCUGAACGAAGCACUUACUCGUAUGGCUUACGCUCGGAUGGAAGGCAAGGAUGACCAGGGAAUGCUGCAAGCUGCAGAUGUUAGCGGCAGCCGUAGACUCGCAGAUUCUUCUAACCAAGCUGGAAGUUUGGCUCCCAUCAUUACUGACUCGUUCCGGUCCCCGGCGCCCAAUAUAUCUGGUACAUUCCCCUCUGCCGGAGGCACGGGAAACGAUGCUCGCAAUGCCAUGCGAAGAACUGGAAGUGUCUCAGCUCGACGGAGGGGCGAGGAGGAUGAAACCGUUCCCGCUAUGCCUCCUAGUGUUCUGUGGGAAACCAUCAGGGCUGAGGACGAGCGCUACAGCUCAUUGUGGAAACCUCGGUUUGAACAAACAUAUGUUAGAGAGGUAGAUUUAGAGCAAUCUGCGGACCUGGUCCUGCUUCGACAGCAACUACUGGAAGGGCCUCGUGGAGUCAUGGAAGAACUGCGACAUGUUGUUGACGAACUUAUCUUGAUGGAGGUGGAAAAUCUGAAGAAGCGCCUGGAGCAGGAGCGACGCAGUGGCAAAAGGAAGGGAGCAAAGAAAAAGAAAGGUCCCCGAAAGCCACGCGCACCAAAGUUGAAGGAUCCGACGAAGGGCUCAACGGUAGAAACACUCAUGAAUACUGCAGUGCACCAGAAUGUAUUGAAAUUACCUGACUCGGAGGUAGUCUUGAGUGGUUACUUGGGGUGUGUUGCUGUGCACGAGUCUCCACUAGACGCUCUACUCCGCGCUCAGAAGCCGGACGACGACAUGAGGAAGAAGUGGCAGAGAAUCCUCAACAACUGGGAUGCUAACGUGGAGAAAGUAAUGAAAAUGAAGAAAGAUGCUUUUCAAAAGGUCUUCGACAAAUACCUACAGCAGUCUACAUGGCUUGCUGAGCCCACAGCGGCUCACGUCCGGCAGUCGGUAACUGAGUAUGCGAUACUACCACUUGGCUCCCAGGUUAUCCAUGACUUAGCGCCUAGUAGUAAAACGUUGCUACUCUACGGUUUUCAUGGGACUGGAAAGACCCACCUGGUGCACGCCGUUUGUAACCAUAGCGGCGCGAACUUCUUUGAUUUGUCACCAGCUAACUUUGAGACAGACACGGGUUUAGCGGGUAUCAUUCAAACCGUAUUUUACCUCGCGAAGGUGAUGGCUCCGUCAGUCAUUUACAUUGACAACGUCGAAAAGCUGUUUUUGCGUAAAAAGAGAAAAGGACCAAAGGAUCCACUUAUGAAACGCGGCAGAAAAAUGAAGAAAGAGGUACUUAAGGGCAUUGCUAGCAUUUCGCCAACUGAUCGGGUUAUAGUCAUUGGUUGUACUUGUGCACCAUACGAUGCGGAGUUUAAUGCAAUGGUAAACAAUUUUGCCCACAUGGUGUACUGUGGUUGCCCAGACUAUGCCUCACGUGUUGUUGUUCUGCAGGAAUUAGCGGGUAGUCACACUGGUGAUGUCUGGUCACUCAAGCCGGAGCACUAUCACGAGUUGGCGCUCCUCACAGAAGGAUUCACAUGCGGCGAUAUAAGUGCAGUGUUUGAGGAAGUGCUCACCAAACGCCGCCUAAGGCGCAUAGAACAGAGGCCACUUACGGCUGACGACUUUCUUUCCGCCGUUGCUCGUGCGAAACCGCCAUCUGUAGAAGAUCGAGCGCUGAUGAAAGAAUUUACUGCGCGUCUUCCAUUACAUUUACGUCGUGUUAACCCCAUUGCAGAUAUCCCUCUGCCAGAGAAGGAAACAGCGGCUAAGAAGAGACCCAAGAAGAAGGAAUAA